CUCUCUCUCUGUCUCUCUCUCUCCUCUCUCUCUCUCUCUCCUUUCUCCCUGCUCGCUUUCUCCUCUGUCUCGCUCGCCAGCAACGCAACACGGACACAACCUGCUGAUUAAUCCGCCACUGAAACUAUCUCCUAUCUCCUAUCUCUCUCUAUAUCUCUCUGACUCUCUCUGUCCUCCGUUCAGUACCCCUCUCUCUCUAUCUCUCUCUGUCCUCCGUUUAGUACCUUUCUCUCUCUCUCUCUCUCUCUCUCGCUCUCUCUGACUCUCUCUGUCCUCCGUUCAGUACCCCUCUCUCGGAUCAUUCUCUCCUCCAAUUCAAUCUCCUUUUGAUGUGAGGAGACUGCAUCUUGAAGGUGAGGGACGUGUGUAGAAGGGACUGUCUCAGCUCUGAGCCAUGGAAUGCCCCCUCCGUCCGCCACUAGCCGCCACCUCUCCACAGACUGACUUCCAGACGCUGAGUUAGCGACACACUGCUCCCCUCCAACUGAACACAACCAGGAAGGGGACGAAGUCACAGCAGAGCUUCGUACGCACAGAGGAAAGGGUUUUACAGCUCCUCUCCAACGAACCAACAGCUAGCUGCUUUUAGCUGAGUUGGUUAGGUUGAGUUUGGUAGGUUUCUCUCCUUGUCUUGUUUUUUUUUCUUUCUGUGGAUUUGGGAUUUUUGAUCGAGAGUCAAGAUGGUGGAUUUACAAGAGUACCUGUGGAUGGUGAUCCUGGGCUUCGUCAUAGCCUUCAUCCUGGCGUUCUCUGUGGGGGCCAACGACGUGGCCAACUCGUUCGGGACGGCGGUGGGGUCGGGCGUGGUGACGCUGAAACAGGCCUGUAUCCUGGCGUCCAUCUUUGAGACGUUGGGUUCCAUGCUGCUUGGAGCCAAGGUGGGGGAAACCAUACGGAAAGGCAUCAUAGACGUCAACCUCUACAACGAGACGGUGCCUGUUCUCAUGGCGGGGGAGGUUAGCGCCAUGGUCGGUUCAGCGAUUUGGCAACUCAUCGCCUCGUUCCUCAAACUACCCAUCUCCGGGACGCAUUGCAUCGUGGGGUCGACCAUCGGGUUCUCCAUGGUGGCCAUUGGCACCAAGGGCGUACAGUGGAUGCAGCUGGUCAAGAUUGUUGCAUCCUGGUUCAUCUCUCCCCUACUGUCAGGAAUGAUGUCAGGGUUCCUCUUCUUUCUUAUCAGACACUUCAUCCUUAAUCAGGAUGACCCGGUGCCCAACGGUCUCCGUGCCCUGCCAGUGUUCUACGCCUCAACCAUAGGCAUCAACGCCUUCUCCAUCCUUUACACAGGAGCACCAUUGCUAGGUCUGGAGAUGUUACCGGUGUGGGCUAUAGCUCUGAUCACGCUGGCGGGGGCUCUGGUCUGUGCUGCCGUGGUCUGGUUUGCUGUCUGCCCCUGGAUGAGACGGAAGAUAGCAAGUCGAAUAAAGAAGGAGCGAGCUGCCCUGUCCAGGAUCUCAGACGAGUCCUUAGAAAAGAUCCCUGAGGAGGAAGAGGAGGAGCUUCCUGUGUUCAAGGAGCUACCGGGCGCCAAGGGGACAGACGACGCCGUGCUGCCGUUAACGGGUGGUACCGGAGGAGAGUCCACCGGAGAGCUCAACAGCCUGGCCAACGGAGGCACUGCCCUGCCCAAAGGACGUGUCUAUGGACGAACCCACUCCAUGACCAACGGUACUCUGUCCAUGUCCAAGUCCCCACUGUCCAACGGCAGCUUCACCUUCGGAGGGGAACACAUCCGCAGCGACGGCCAGGUGUACCACACGGUUCACAAGGAUUCUGGUCUCUACAAAGACCUGCUCCACAAGAUCCACCUGGGACGACUGGAGGACGACAACCCCGCCCCCACGCCAGACAACAACUACCGCCUGCUGCGUCGCAACAACAGUUACACCUGCUACACGGCCGCCAUCUGUGGCAUGCCGGUCCAGCCGCUGCUCCGUUCCGAGUCCCGCGAGGCCCGAGAGGCCCGAGAGGACAGCGAGAAGCUGGUGGGGGAAGGGGAGAGGUCGGGGAGCGUGUCCUUUACCAAGAAGAGAGUUCGCUAUGAUAGUUACUCGUCGUACUGUAACGCCGUGGCGGAGGCCGAGAUCGAGGCGGAGGAGGGCGGCGUGGAGAUGAAGCUGGCGUCAGAUCUAGGGGGCGAGGAGGCAGGGGCGCCGGGUGCUCCUGUCCCGCUGGAUGACUCCGCAGAAGAGGAUGAAGGGGAUAAGGACAAACCGACCGUCUACCUGCUCUUCCACUUCCUGCAGAUCCUCACUGCAUGCUUCGGAUCUUUUGCUCACGGAGGCAAUGACGUCAGUAACGCCAUCGGCCCAUUGGUGGCGCUGUGGAUGAUCUAUGAACAAGGCGGGGUGAUGCAGGACGCCGCCACCCCCAUCUGGUUGCUGUUCUACGGGGGCGUUGGAAUCUGUUGCGGCCUCUGGGUGUGGGGGCGCCGGGUGAUCCAAACCAUGGGGAAGGACCUCACCCCCAUCACACCUUCCAGCGGAUUCACUAUAGAGCUGGCUUCAGCUCUCACUGUUGUGUUGGCUUCCAAUAUCGGAAUCCCUGUCAGUACCACACACUGCAAGGUGGGCUCGGUGGUAGCGGUUGGCUGGAUCCGCUCCAAGAAGGCGGUUGAUUGGCGGUUGUUCCGUAACAUCUUCCUGGCGUGGUUCGUCACGGUGCCGGUGGCGGGGCUGUUCAGCGCCGCGGUCAUGGCUCUGUUCGUCUACGGCAUCCUCCCUUACGUCUGAGGAAGAGAGGAGAGAGGGUGGAAAGAGGAGAGAGGACAGAGGGAGGAAAGAGGAGAGAGGAAAGAGGAGAGAGGAAGGAGAGAUGGAGGAAAGAGGAGAGAGGGAGGCCUCAAGGAGAUGGAGAGUGGGGGGAGAUAAAAAAGAGGGGUAAAGAACGAGGGGAUGAAGAGUGGGCCUCGAUGUUAAGAAUGGGGCUAGGGGGAGAGGAGAGGGGUGGAAUGGUUAAUUACACUGUUUCUGGAGAAGAAGGUUAGAUCACAUGCUGCCUGGGUUCUAGUCCUGAAGAAGGUUAGAUCACAUUCUGCCUGGGUUCUAGUCCUGAAGAGGGUUGGAUCACAUGCUGCCUGGGUUCUAGUCCUGAAGAGGGUUAGAUCACAUGCUACCUGGGUUCUAGUCCUGAAAAGGGUUAGAUCACAUGCUACCUGGGUUCUAGUCCUGAAGAGGGUUAGAUCACAUUCUGCCUGGGUUCUAGUCCUGAAGAAGGUUAGAUCACAUUCUGCCUGGGUUCUAGUCCUGAAGAGGGUUGGAUCACAUGCUACCUGGGUUCCCUAUCCUGAAGAGGGUUGGAUCACAUGCUGCCUGGGUUCUAGUCCUGUAGAGGGUUGGAUCACAUGCUGCCUGGGUUCUAGUCCUGAAGAAGGUUAGAUCACAUGCUACCUGGGUUCUAGUCCUGAAGAAGGUUAGAUCACAUGCUACCUGGGUUCUAGUCCUGAAGAGGGUUGGAUCACAUUCUGCCUGGGUUCUAGUCCUGUAGAGGGUUGGAUCACAUGCUGCCUGGGUUCUAGUCCUGAAGAAGGUUAGAUCACAUGCUACCUGGGUUCUAGUCCUGAAGAAGGUUAGAUCACAUUCUGCCUGGGUUCUAGUCCUGAAGAAGGUUAGAUCUCAUGCUGCCUGGGUUCUAGUCUAGAGACUCGUUUACUUCCUUCUAUUGUGUUUUAUUUUUGCAUUUAAAAAAACGAAUGUUAAAUCUUACAGAGCAACCUGCUGUACAGACAUGCAUAUCACAGACAUACUGUAGCUACAUAAUACAGACGUACAGGGCCUUCAGAGAGUAUUCAUACCCCUUGACUUAUUCCACAUUCUGUUGUUUUACAGCCUGAAUUCAAAAUGGAUUUCACCGAUCUACACAAUUUGGCAAAAUUCCAAAGUGAAAACGUGUUUUUAGAAAUGUUGGCUAUUUUAUUGAAAAUUAAAAUUCACUGCUCAUCUGAUGAACCUUACAGAUAAUUGUAUCUGUGGGGUACAGAGAUGAAUAGCCAUUAAAAAAUCUUGUUAAACACUAUUUUUACACACAGAGUGAAUCCAUGCAACAUAUUAUGCAAAUAUUUACUCCUGAACUCAUUUAGACUUGCCGUAACAAAGGGGUUUGAAUACUUAUUGACUCGAGACAUUUCAGUUUAUAAUUUUUAAUUACUGUGUAAAUUUUUUUUAUCUAAAAACAUUAUUCCACUUUGACCUUAUGGGGUAUUGUGAUGUCAUGAUGGGGUAUUGUGAUGUCACAAUGGGGUAUUGUGAUGUCACGAUGGAAUAUUGUGAUGUCAUGAUGGGGUAUUAUGAUGUCAUGAUGGGGUAUUGUGAUGUCAUGAUGGGGUAUUGUGAUGUCAUGAUGGGAUAUUGUGUGUAGAGGCCAGUGAUACAGAACCUCAAUUGAAUCCAUUUUUUAAUUCAGGCUGUAACACAACAAAAUGUGGAGAAAGUCAAGGGGUGUGAGACUUUAAAGGAUUUGUACAUAUAUCAGAUACGUAUAUUACAGACUUACAUAUAUCAGACAUAUAUAUUACAGAUUCACAUAUUAUAGACAUACAUAUUAAGCCCUUUUCGCACGGGACUGGUAUUACUAUAGAACGUCGGUUAUGUAAUUAUCACCCCAACAUGUCAGGGACGAUUCGGACAGGAUUAGUUUUACCCCCAUUCACAAUGUACCGUUCUGACGGAAGUGCCUGGUGGCACUUCUAGGAGUGAAGAUAUUUCAAAUGUCUAGGGACAGUCUAAUAUUGACCUAUUGACCUUCAGUUCACAUGUCUAGGGAUAGUCUAAUAUUGACCUAUUGACCUUCAGUUCACAUGUCUAGGGACAGUCUAAUAUUCACCUAAUGACCUUCAGUUCACAUGUCUAGGGACAGUCUAAUAUUGACCUAAUGACCUUCAGUUCACAUGUCUAGGGACAGUCUAAUAUUGACCUAAUGACCUUCAGUUCACAUGUCUAGGGAUAGUCUAAUAUUGACCUAUUGACCUUCAGUUCACAUGUCUAGGGACAGUCUAAUAUUGACCUAAUGACCUUCAGUUCACAUGUCUAGGGAUAGUCUAAUAUUGACCUAAUGACCUUCAGUUCACAUGUCUAGGGAUAGUCUAAUAUUGACCUAUUGACCUUCAGUUCACAUGUCUAGGGACAGUCUUAAUAUUGACCUAAUGACCUUCAGUUUGGAUCCAUAUCAAUAAGAACCAUGAACUGUAGCCUGCGUAGAGGUUUAAUGGUCGGAUUUCAUUUCUCAAUUCAUUUGACAAUAUCGGUCAAUUGUGAAUGAGGUAUAAAAAUAAUUUAAAAAAUAUUACAGGGGCAGUUUGGUAAAACUAAUCCGGUCCAAAAUCGUCCACUGGACAAACGGACCUGCUGGGGUGAUAAUUCCAUAACCAACGUUCUAUAGUAAUACCAGUCCCCUGUGAAUAGGGCUCUACUGUACGUUAAGACACUGUAGUGUUUUACACAGUGGUAUAAAUAUGAAAAAAGACUAAACGCAGUCCUCAGUAGUAGACCGUGACACACACACACACACACACACACACACACACACACACACACACACACACACACACAGAGAGAUAGACACACAAACACUGACCAUAACAGAAUCAUUUGCACAACAUCUAUGCGAAAUGCCUAAAGUUGUAUAUGAAUAUAUAUUUAAUUGCGUUAAUAGUUGCGGCCUGCGCUAGGAGGCAGCAGCGUUGUCGGUUUAGUAGCUAUACUUAAUGCCCGAAAGAAAUGUUUUACAUAAUGUAUUGUUUAGAGUGGGAUUUUGUUGUACUGCAGCUUUGCUUUAAAACAGAAGAUGUGUGCUUGGCUGGUCAACCAAACCCCGCCCCCCACGCCCGCCCCUUCAUAGUUACCUAUGACCCUUUGUAGCGACCAUUUCAUAGUUACCUCCCUAACAUGCUAGCUAGAUAGCCUGGAAGGAAUGGUUGGAACACACAGGGUCUUGUUGCCGCGGCAACCUUCAAAUCCUCCCCAGGGGUGGUGGGACUGCUUUCAUUUUAAAUUGACAUAUAUAUAUUUUUUUUCUUUUUAGCUGUUACCGUAGAAACCAGUUCCCAGAGGAUGAUGUCUAAAAUUUUAACUGUGUUCCUGUACAUUUUAAAGAUGAAAUAGCCUAUUUUAAAGAUGAAAUACCCUAUUUGAAUGUUUUUCUAAAUGUCAUUUGUACUGUAAACACUAUCCUCGUGGGAGGUAUGAUGUCAUGCUUGAGUCACCCUGGCCCUAGAACCUGAGGCGUAGAGUGCACACCAGUUAUUUUGUCUGAACUACGUUUUUAAUCCACUAUUUGAAAUUUAAAUUGAGAACAUGGGCUUUUUUUCUAAUUUCUUAAUUUCAGAAUAAUCUUUAUUUUUUAUAUAUUUUUUUUUACCAAAGAUACUGAGGAAACCUUUUUAUCAGCUCCAGGAUUCUGAGCCGUCCCUUUGGCAGCAGCAAUUGAAUCAAUAAUCAAACCAUUUCCUUUCUCUAGGAAACUGCACAUUCUUUUGUGCUGCAAGUAUAGUAUAAGAGGUGUGUGUGUGUUGGUUAGGAUAGCUUAACAGGGUGAGUUACACCAGAGUCCCCCCCACCCCACCCCCACGUGAGUGUUUUGGUUUUUUGCCCCUAGCACUAAACAGCUGAUUUCAAAUAAUCAACGCUUGAUGAUAAGUUGGUUCAUUUAAUCCGCUGUGUAGUGCUUGGGGCAAAAAAAACAAAGGACUGAGUUUGGGAAACACUGAGUUACACCAUGCCAAAUUAACCUGUCAUACCUGCUGCCAUGGCAACAUUACAAUAUAUCACGCAGACCCAUCAGCCAAGAUACUGAAACCAUCCAACCAACACACACACACACACUCAGAGCCAAUUCUGGAGGCUCCCUAAACUAAUUCUCAUCUCUCGCUCGACUUCAUAUGUACCCGGUCAGGGUGACUCUGUGGGUGUUUCUGCAUACUAGCGUGCUCCGAGCACUGGAGGGUCGGAGCAGGAGUCCAAAUCAAAGUAUGUGAAACGGAGUACGGAUGGCAUCAUCUCUAAAACAUCGAUGCUUCAACGGAAAGUAUCCAAGAAAGAAUAUGAAGCAAAAACCACGUAAAAAAAAAAAAUGAAACGUCAUUUCUUGAAAUCGAUGGCGGACAUUAUUUGAGCUAAAGCGAGAGAAAAUAACACUCUUGACUUUCGAAUGAAACGUUGCCUAUUCAAAUCACAUAUGUUGCCUGACUACAAUAUUUUAUCUUAAUAAAUCAGUAACUAGAUGCUGUA